AACCUUGCCCGGUGGCCAGCUAUAAUUCGGAGGCCACCGUUUUGUAAAUAUUUUUUCAAUCAUUGGCAAGAUCGCCUUCUUUCCGAAAAUUCCUCCAGUCUCCCCCCUCACCUUUCUAUCCCCCAGUCCUACCAACUGAGAAGUGAGAACUGAGAAGUGAGAAUACCAAUCGAGAACCGAGAUGAAUUGACGGAGGAAGAGGAGGUUUCGGUCGGCGUCGUCGUCAAAUUUUAUGUCCAUUUUCCUCGAUAACUGGUUGCUGUCGCGUGCUCACCGUGUGUACUGUCCAAUAGCUGGCAGCACGGCACGCAGCUUCGGCGCAGGCCACCUGUUCGACGAAAUGUCCAUCUGGCGAAGCACGAAGAGGCAAAGCAUGGAAACGGCUGUGGCCGGCCACGAGGACCGCAUCAGCACCCUCCCGGACGAGCUCCUCCAGUACAUGAUGUCGUUCCUGCUCUCACGCGACGCCGUGCGAACUUGCGUGCUUGCCAAGCGUUGGCGCGCGCUCUGGAAGUCCGUGCCCGCCCUGCGCAUCGGUGACAUUGAAAGCUACCACAGCGUACAUAGCUUUAGUAGGUUUGUUGACGAGCUGCUACGCCUCCGCGAUCCAGCACCUAUGCAUGAAUGUGAGAUCCGUUCCAACUACAUGCAGAACAAUGAUGAGGUAUUCCAAAGCAUGCUGUUGUCGAUCCAGUAUGCUCUGUCCUGUCAAGUCCAGGUGCUACGUGUUUCUUUUCGGUCUCAUGCAGAAAACAUGACCUUCGUCUCCUCGCACCUGAAGAGCUUAAAGCUUUGUCAUAUUUGGUUUUGGGAUUGCUCUAUAGAUUUUUCAAGAUGUCAGGUGCUAGAGGAGCUAGAGAUGGAAAAUUGUGGCAUCUUCGAGAAUAUCUUCUCCCCAUCCUUACGGCAUCUUAACAUCAAUGGUGGAUGUACUCAGUCGGGAUCCUGCACUCGUAUUUCUACCCCACAUCUCAUUGGCUUGAAACUAGGCGACUUUUGGGGUUUGACUCCUUUGCUUGAUAGAAUGCCAUCACUGGUAACAGCAUCUAUUACACUUGGAAAGGAUUGCAGGGAUCUUUGUUACAUUUACUGUGGUGGUAAUCCAAAAUGUACGGGAUGCAAUGGUCACCCUGGUAACAGCAACUGUUCUGUGGUUCUUGAAGGUUUAUCCGGCGCUACAAAUUUGGAGUUGACAGCAUCUCAUCCUAAUGUGUUUAUGUUCAGAAAUGAUUUGAAAUGGUGCCCUAUGUUUAGCAAGCUAAAAACAUUGUUUCUCAGUGACUGGUGUGUGGUUGAUGACUUCAUUGGAUUAGUUAGCUUUCUCCAACACUCUCCAAUCCUAGAGACGCUUACACUUGAUCUUCAUUUUGGAUACCCUGAGCAUGUGAUGGAAACAGAUGAAAGAUGUAACCAAAAGGAACAACCCUUGCUGUUGAAGCAUCUCAAGGUAGUCAAAAUCAUAUGCCAAGUGAAGGAAGAUGCAAGGUUCCACCGUAUUUUAAAGAUCCUCCGUAUCCAUGGUGUACUGUCUAAGCAAAUUAACAUCCGUAUCCAUGGUGUACUGUCUAAGCAAAUUAACAUCCAAUAGAACUUUUCUGCCUCCACAAUGUUGCACCUUAAAGGGUGCCAUCGAGUCAUUGAUGCUAUUAUCCUCACUGAUUUGCUGGGGCCACAAUUAACUACAGCUGUGACAUGUGCUUGGUAACUACAGCAAGGUGCCUAUGGUGACAACAGAGAAAGGGCAUGUAACAUAGCUUAGCUCUGCAACCAAAAGUACGAAAUAGGAACUUAAUGCUUGGCCCAUGCCUAAUGAGGCAUCACUGAAGCUAGGAAGACUUUAGUCCUCAUGCUGGGACAGUUUUAACUGAGUCGCUCUUUGGUUGUUCGAAGGUCAGGUAAAUGGUCAGAAUGCUACUGAGACGUCUGCCUAUCAAAAUUAAGUUAAAACUUAAUGCUCGGUUUCAUGUUAAUAUCGCAUCCUCCUGCAUUUUGGUUCCCUCUCGCUAAUCCUCAAACGUGCCAUCCCACUUCUUCUAGUCUGGACUUUCAUGUGCUGCCUCACCGUGCUUUUGCUG